ACUCUCACUGGUCAUCAAUGUCUAGCAGCAAUUCACAAGUCAUAACAUGCAAAGCGGUUGUGUGCUGGGGAGAGGGGGAGCCACUGAAGGUGGAAGAUAUUGAAGUAGAGCCUCCAAAAUCAGAUGAAGUUCGAGUGAAAAUGCUAUAUGCUAGUAUUUGUCACACUGAUCUUUUAUGUUCUAAAGCAUUCCCAUUGCCUCUUUUCCCUCGUGUUCUUGGGCAUGAAGGUGUUGGGGUGGUUGAGAGUGUUGGAGAGGAAGUAAAAGAAGUAAAAGAAGGAGAUGUUGUGAUUCCAACCUAUAUUGGAGAGUGUAAAGAAUGCGAGAAUUGCACAUCAGGAGUCAGUAAUCUAUGCCUCAAAUAUCCAUUGAUCAUCAAUGGUUUGAUGCUGGAUGGCUCUUCAAGAAUGUCAAUUAGAGGACAAAAUUUGUAUCAUCUUUUUACAUGCUCCACAUGGUCUGAGUAUAUGGUUAUUAAUGCCUAUUAUGUUCUUAAACUCGAUCCAAGCAUCGCUAAUUUCUCACAUGUUAGCUUCCUCUCAUGUGGAUUUUCAACUGGAUUUGGGGCAGCUUGGAAGGAGUUUAAUGUUGAAAAUGGAUCAAGUGUUGCAGUUCUUGGUCUCGGGGCCGUUGGACUUGGGGUUGUGAAUGGAGCAAGAAUGCAGGGGGCAGCCAAAAUAAUUGGUGUAGACAAGAACAAAUGGAAGAAAGAGAAGGGAGAAGUGUUUGGAAUGACUGAUUUUAUAAAUCCUUCAGAAUCAGAUAAAUCUGUUUCAGAAUUAAUCAAAGAGAUAACAAAUGGAAUGGGUGUGGAUUGUAGCUUUGAGUGUACUGGAGUUGCUACUUUGGCUAAUGAAGCCCUGGAAUCCACAAAAUUGGGAAAAGGUAAAGCAGUGAUAAUUGGUGCGUCAAAUGAUGGAAGCAUGCCGAUUGGUGUAUUGUCCCUUCUACUUGGAAGGAGUUUAAAGGGUAGCAUUUUUGGAGGGCUCAAAACAAAAUCUGAUCUUCCUAUUAUACUUGACAAAUACAAAAAUAAGGAAUUUCAACUUGAUGAACUCCUGACCCAUGAAGUUCAAAUGGAAGACAUAAACAAGGCAAUUGAGCUAUUGAAGGAACCCGAUUGCGUCAAGGUUUUAAUCAAGAUUUGAAAUAAAACAUGUAUUUUAUGAAAUUAUUAAUCAAUAAAUAAAAUUUUAAAAGACAGCAAUUCGUUUUCUUCGAAUGCCAAUUUCUCCUUGUAAUGAAUACCUAUGAAAUACGGGA